UAUGAAAACUGAUAAUUAUUUAUAUAAUUUUCUAUCAAAAAUACUUUAAUAAUAGUUUAAGAAACUAAAGUAGUUAGCUAAAAGGUGUAAACAAACAAUAUUUUGUUCAAUUUCUACUAUUUUAUACUAUGUGAUAUGUCUAUAGUUUUCUUAAAAUCAAAAUACAAAAAAUGCAAAAUCCUAAAUAUGUAUGCACUAAAUGAUUUUCUUAAUUAAUUAAUUAAUUUUAUUCAUUUUGUUCAAUAUUUUCAUUUCCCCCUUGAGCUGGUCUAGAGCAAAACCCUAGAAACGAAAACCCCCCCCCCCACCACAAUGGCGAUCAUCUCCGAGGUUGAAGACGAAAGCAGCACCCGACCCAGGAUCCUCCCGUUCAGGGCGACGCUCGAUUCCUCAAACCCAUCAAGUUUCUUGGAGAAAGUUUUCGACUUUCUCGGCGAACAGAGCGAUUUUCUCAAGAAACCCUUCGCAGCCGAGGAGAUCUCCGCCGCGGUUAGGGCGGCGAAGGAUAAGCUGAGAACGGCCGAGAAGAAAGCUGAGAAGAAGCCUGUGGAGAAGGAGAGCGUGAAGCCAGCCAUGGCUGCUUCAAGCUCAGAGCCCAUUCAAGUGGAGGAGAAGAAACAAGAAGCUGCCCCCAUUGCUCCUAACAAAGGCAAUGGUUAUGUCCUUGAGAAUUACUCAUGGGUCCAGACUCUCCAGGAGGUCACUGUCAACAUUCCAGUGCCUACUGGCACUAAAGCACGCUCUGUUGUUUACGAGAUCAAAAAGAACCGUCUUAAGCUUGGUCUCAAGGGACAGGAUCCAAUCAUCGAUGGAGAGCUCUACCGAUCUGUGAAGCCUGAUGACUGCUACUGGAACAUCGAGGAUCAAAAGAUGAUUUCGAUUCUGUUGACUAAGCAAGAUCAGAUGGAGUGGUGGAAAUGCUGCGUGAAAGGUGAACCUGAGAUCGAUACACAGAAGGUUGAACCGGAGAACAGUAAAUUAGCUGACCUUGACCCUGAAACUCGCUCCACUGUUGAGAAGAUGAUGUUUGAUCAAAGGCAAAAGCAGAUGGGUCUUCCAACAAGUGAUGAGCUACAGAAGCAAGACAUUCUCAAGAAAUUCAUGUCUCAGCAUUCAGAGAUGGACUUCUCAAACGCAAAGAUUAACUACUGAUGCUGCUCUGCCGGAAAAAAAAAAACAGUUUUGCAUCUUCACCAGCUUGUGUUUUUUUUUUCGUUGCAUCCCUUAAAAACUUGUUCCUUCUUUUGUUUUGUCUAGUUGAAGGCACAGUUUCAUCUCCAAAUACAUGUUUGGUUAUUCCUGUAAUCUUGACGGUUUGAUUUUUGGUUGAUUCAAACUUCAAAAUCCGGUUUUCUUUAA